UCAUUUGCAAAUGCCCGUAUAUUCCGCAAGGUGUAUCACCAGGUCAUGGCAUUGCGGGCCAGAUUGUUAUACGACUUCGAAGGCGACGUCUCGUCCGGCGAGCUCAAUGUGACGGAAGGCGAAGUCCUGAUGGUCGUGCGACAGGACGUUGGAGACGGCUGGUGGGAAGGCGAGACGUCGAACGGCACCCGCGGCCUUUUUCCAGAGUCAUACGUCGAGGUGCUGGAUGAUGCGAGAGCCAUGUCUGGUGUACACUCCGCCCCGCCGCCUUCCUACAACGCUUCGCCUCUAAUAAGAGUGGACGGUGGCGGUGUGGAUGACAACUGGGAUGAUGACUGGAGGGAGGAUAGCUGGGAGGACUCGCAGCAAUCGUCGAGUGGUACGAUGAGAGAUGAGAAUACGUUGUCGCCUGCAAGGGCGUCGACUUCACUAGGGAGGAUGGGGACGAUUAGGAAGAAUAUCAAUAGAUUUUCAUCUUUUGUGAAGUCUGGAGGAGAAUCAUUCAUUCUCGGUGCUGUCAGCAGCAAGAAAGUGAAGAUAGCAAACACAGACAUCGUAGAAAUAGUGGAGACUGUAGAUGGUCCCCAGUGGUCACCCAGUUCUAACCCAUUUGAUUGCACUGUCGAACAACCAAAGAAAAUGAGCAAGUUUAAAGGGAUGAAAAGCUACAUUGCAUAUCAAGUCACAAACUCGGGUACUAAUACAGCAGUGUUACGGAGAUACAAACACUUCGAUUGGCUACACGAGAGACUAAUGGAGAAGUUUACGUUGAUGUCAAUACCUCCUCUGCCGGACAAACAAUAUGCAGGUCGGUAUGGAGAAGAGUUUGUAGAAAAGAGACGAGAAAAGCUUCAGAUGUGGCUGAACCGAGUAGCCAGACAUCCGGUAGUAUCACAAUGCCACGUGCUCCAUCACUUUCUGACGUGCGGAGAAAACGAAAAGGAUUGGAAAGCCGGUAAGAGAAGAGCAGAAAAGGACGACCUCGUAGGCGCAGCAUUUUUCUUUACUAUUCAACACCCACCAGGCCUGGUAAUAGAAAUGAGUGACCAGCAAGUCGAACAAUUUGGCAAGUUCAGUCGACAGAUGGACGAGGCGGUCAUGUCGCUGCGUGACAAAAUGACAAACCAUUGUGAAAAGUGUUCAGGACCUUUCAAACGCGAAUAUGAGAAAAUCGGAAUGGUGAUAGGCAACUUGGGAAACUGCUUUGUGGAAGAUACUGGAAAUUAUGCACUCGGGCUGACAACUGCAGUGAAGCACACUGGGCAGGCAUACUUCGCUAUUGGGCAAUUAUAUGAAGAACAGCCGAAGUAUGAUCUUAUUCCUCUGAUUGAUGGAACAAAAGAAUAUCUAGGUUUGCUGUCAACGUUUCCUGAUCUGGUGCAGGUUCAUAAGGGAGCUGUUGAAAAGGUCAAGGAAGGGAGAAAGUUGCUAGAGGAAGGCAAAAUGACAGACUCAGAACUAACGGAAGUAACCGCACGGACAGAUAGUUUGUCAAGUGUAAUAUUAGCUGAAAUCCAUCAUUUCCAACGUGAACGAGUUAUCGACUUCAAGCAGUUUAUGGUGUCGUUUCUUCAAGAGCAGAUCAGCUUUCACGAAAAGGUUAUCGACAAAUUAAAAGACUCAUUGGCAAUGUACAGCGAAGCCUGAAACCACAACUACUUACCAAGACGUUUACUUGAAUGUGAACGAACAUGUAAACGAAUCCCUGCCUGUCGUCUGCUGUGUGCACAGUGUGCCAUUAUGUUUAUUAGCGUUUUUACUCUCAACUUGUUGCCGAGACACACAAAUGUAAUGAACUGUUAAAAUUAAUUAAUUAAUUUUGUAUUUUUGCCCGAGAAGAGAAUAUGUACACAUCAAUCCUCGUUGUACCUGGUG